CUGUCAGUAGUGCCGCACACAGAGAAAACUGGCAGGCUAUGCCGCAUAUUCACUGGAACGGAUAGUGCGCGCGCUCCUCCUUAGAACUUUCAUCUCCUCCACAGAACCACCGUAGCUUAUUCUGUGCAAUAUAAAUGUCAUAUACGUAGGCCUGUUGUUUAAUGUUGUAGUUAGUGAGUUCUAGAGAGGGUUUAGUACGUUAAAAUUAUCAGUUAUGGCGAAGUGGUCGGUUUUACUCUUUUACCUCCUCCAAGGACUGGUUCAUGUCAUUACUGGGCAGCAGCAGCCGCCGCGCGAGCGAGUGGGGCCUUGGCGGCAGAGGAUUCAGUGGGAGAAUAACGGUAAGGUGUACAGUUUGAUGAGCACCGGGUCAGAGUAUCACCCGCCCGCGCGGCCGAGAAGCCAGUCCAGGGUCUACAUGAGCACUGGGAGGGAUGGCACCGGUCAGACGCAGCCUGGAACGCGGGAAGGCACAGUGGCGUACAGAAGAUCUGGACCAAUCGAAUCGAACGUAGGUGGACAUUUACGGGACCAAAGCAACAACGUUCUAGAUCCUGGAUCUGUACAUCUAGGACAUGACAGUAGACAGUAUAUGGUACCCAAUGUUCGCCAGUCAGGGGCCAGGCCGCAGCCCGAGGUGCCAUACCGAGCGGGAGUGGCCGGGUCCCCUGGCGCACGGCGCUACUCUCCAGAGUACACUUACCGAGUAAACGCCUCGGUCCCCGGGCUGCUCCCCGAGUUCUCUGGUAGUGGGGUACCGAGGAGAGGAGCCCCUGUCACUCAGGAUGCUACCUGGGGCAGCGAGGCAGUGCCUGUACCGGGCGGAGAAUACCAAGAGAUGCGCGCGGAGGCCGGAGCAUCCGUCUCCAGGCAACCCGCACUAACUGACAAUUCCAACGCACGUUAUGUCAUCCCUAACGGGAGGGGUGCUCCUCCAGGACCCGGACCCGUUAACGCUGCUGAGACAUCGAAUGAGGCAGCGAGUAACGGCGAGGACAUGGUCUCGGACGACCCUCGGAACCCUUUUAAAAACCACCGGAAUUCCGUCUUCUACAACAUGUAUUCCUCCAGAGGCAGAACGCCGGUAGCACGCACGCGGCGUCCGCGUCCCCCGGCGCCCGCCCCCGGCACUGGAUAUGGCACUACAUAUUUUCAGAAUGGUACGUAAUCGGCGCUUAAAAGUGUAAAUGCUCCGAGUACAACAGUUAUAAGCGCUUAUACGGCUUGUGUGCUGCGGUUGUCUCUCCUUAGGGCUCCCAGAUCUCGUCCCAGACCCGUAUGCCAUCCAGGCAGGUGCCUACAUCCAGCGGAUGCAGAUGUACUCGCUGCGCUGUGCAGCUGAGGAGAACUGUUUGGCGAGGUAAGUUAUACUGUAAGUGCCCAACUGGCUUUGUGCGCUAUUUUUUUCACAGUAUAUGUUCUCUAUAUCUCUUCAUCCGCUAUACACUUUCAGAAAAAAAAUCGGCAUUUUCCCAUUGUCUCUUCAAUUCCUGAAAUGUGUGGUUACUAUAAAUAAUGCUUUCAAUUGGUAAUUUGCCAUUCAAUAGGCAACAUAAACAGGAUAUCACUUAGGUACCACUGUUUUACUGUUUUGUACUGCCAAUAAACUUAAAAUGUACUCAUUUUGACAAUUGCAAACGUUUACCUUAUCAGAUAGAAUAUGACAGUUAAUGUAUCUUUCCCUGUAUGGUCUGUCCCAGUUCAGCGAGCACAGCAAGGGACAUAGACUACAGAGUACUGCUCCGCUUCCCCCAGAAAGUCAAGAACAAAGGCACCACUGACUUCCUUCCUGUCAAACCAAGACACCAGUGGGAAUGGCACAGCUGUCACCAGUGAGUAAAUCUAUUCCCAUUGUAAAUAGGAAGUAGAAAUUACUUGCUCUAUUUGUCUCAGGUCUCCCUCAUUCCAUAGGAUUUAGUCACUAGUGACAGGCAAUAGUAGCUGGCCAGCGCAACUGUAUGGUGAAACUUCAGAGGAUAGUUUAGACAAAUUCAUUUUUUGUAGAAACCUCAUGUUUGUACGUUAGUCUAGAGCAAGAAUACAUAAGACUCAGGGACACACAACAGAGAGAGAGAGAGAGAGAGAGAGAGAGAGAGAGAGAGAGACGAGAGGGAGAGAAGAAGAGGAGAGAGAGAGAGCGAUAGAGAGCGGAGCGCGACUAGAGCUAGAGAGCAGUAGGAGAAGGAGAGCUCGAGCGAUCUCGAGAGAGAGCUAUCCUCUCUCUCUCUCUCUCUCGUCUCUCCUCUCUCUCUCUCUCUAUCUCUCUCUCUAGUCUUCCUCUCUCUCUUCUCUCUCUCUCUCUCUCUCCUAUCCUCCCCUCCCCCAGACCACUACCACAGUAUGAAUGCCUUCAGUAGCUAUGACCUGCUGGAUGUGAUAACAGGAAGGAAGGUAGCUGAGGGACACAAGGCCAGCUUCUGUCUGGAGGACACAGGUUGUGAUGCUGGAUUUAGACGCAGAUAUGCCUGCACCGCCCAUACACAGGUUAGUACUCCAUUACACAUACACAGGUUAGUUCUGCACCGCCCAUACACAGGUUAGUACUGCACCGCCCAUACACAGGUUAGUUCUGCACCGCCCAUACACAGGUUAGUACUGCACCGCCCAUACACAGGUUAGUACUGCACCGCCCAUACACAGGUUAGUACUGCACCGCUCAUACACAGGUUAGUUCUGCACCGCUCAUACACAGGUUAGUUCUGCACCGCACAUACACAGGUUAGUUCUGCACCGUCCAUACACAGGUUAGUACUGCACCGCCCAUACACAGGUUAGUUCUGCACCGUCACAUACACAGGUUAGUACUGCACCGCCCAUACACAGAUUAGUUCUGCACCGCACAUACACAGGUUAGUACUGCACCGCCCAUACACAGGUUAGUUCUGCAUUACACAUACACAGGUUAGUUCUGCAUUACACAUACACAGGUUAGUUCUGCACCGCUCAUACACAGGUUAGUUCUGCACCGCUCAUACACAGGUUAGUACUGCACCGCCCAUACACAGGUUAGUUCUGCACCGCUCAUACACAGGUUAGUACUGCACCGCCCAUACACAGGUUAGUACUGCACCGCCCAUACACAGGUUAGUUCUGCACCGCUCAUACACAGGUUAGUUCUGCACCGCUCAUACACAGGUUAGUUCUGCAUUACACAUACACAGGUUAGUUCUGCACCGGCCAUACACAGGUAGUACUGCACCGGCCCAUACAAAGGUUUACUGCUCGCCCAUACACAGGUUAGUCUGCACCGCUCAUACCAAGGUAGUUCUGCACCGCUCAUAACACAGGUUGAGUUCUGCCACCGCCCAUUCCACAGGUUAGUAUGCCACCCCCAUACACAGGGUAGUUCUGCACCGCUCAUCACACAGGUUAGUUCUGCACCGCUCAUACACCAGGGUAGUACUGGCCCACCGCCCCAUACACAUGGUUAGUUCUGCACCGCUCAUACCAGCGUUAGUUCUGCACCCAUCAUACACAGGUUGUACUGCACCGCCCAUACACAGGUUAGUUCUGCAUUACACAUACACAGGUUAGUUCUGCAUUACACAUACACAGGAAAAACUCUGGGUCAAGAGUUUUUCUCCCUCCUUUCACUAUAGAACAAUAUAGCCAGAUAAAUGUGAUGAUGUCUCAUUAAUGGGUUGUCUUCGGACUCUUUUCCCGUUAUUUCUUUGCAUAUUGAGCCGUGGCUGUGUUUUGUUUUGUGUUGACAGGGGCUGAGUCCAGGCUGUCAUGACACCUAUGCUGCCAAUAUUGACUGUCAGUGGAUCGACAUCACUGAUGUUCCUGUAGGAAAAUACGUCCUGAAGGUAAUGCCAUUCAAUUAUUAUUGUCUUUAGAACAGCAACUAUCUGUUUGGUAAUGAUCUACUCCGUAAUGGUAUAACAGUUUGGCCCAGUCCUGUGUGAGUCUGUGUGAGGUCUGACCGUCUCCUCUAAGCAGCGUUGUUCACACAAAUCUUUUCAUUUUUCAGGUCACAGUGAAUCCCAGUUAUCAUGUUCAAGAGUCGGACUAUUCCAACAAUGUGGUGCGGUGUGAUGUCAUAUACACGGGUACUCAGGUUCAGACACGGAACUGUCGGGUAACCAGGUAAGAGAUGCUCUGUGAUUGGUUGGCCAAGAUAUGAGAUUCUCUGUGAUUGGCCAAUAUAUCAUAGAUUCUCUGUAAUUUGCAAUGAUGCCAUAGAUAACAAGGUCUCAGCCCUGCACAGGUUAUCCCAUCCCAAAGGCCAUCUAAGUGCAAAUAAUAGAGGCUGGAUGUUAAAUAUAGAUGUUUUUGGUAAUGGUAAAAUAGCAUGAACAUGAGUAUAACAUAAUACUUACGAUUUGAGACGCUACAUACCAGUAUUUCUUCAAGUUCAUCUCUCUCUUCCUCUCUCCACAGGGGUUAA